AUGGAUCCCGCGUACAUGAAUCCCUCCGAACCCAUUGAAGCUCGCAUCAAAAACCUUCUCUCUCUUAUGACUUUGAAAGAAAAGAUUGGUCAAAUGACUCAAAUUGAACGUUCUGUUACCACUCCUUCCGCCAUUCAACACUUCACCAUUGGGAGUGUGUUCUGUGCUCCAUCAAACAGUGCAACUUCUGAUAAACAAGUGUCAUCUGAUUGGGCUGAUAUGGUGGACGGUUUUCAAAAUUUGGCACUUCAAUCACGGUUAGGCAUACCAAUCAUUUAUGGUACUGAUGCUGUUCAUGGUAAUAAUAAUGUCUAUGGUACUACCAUCUUUCCUCACAAUGUUGCACUAGGAGCUACAAGAGAUUCAGAUUUAGUUGAAAGAAUUGGAGCAGCAACUUCAUUUGAACUUAGAGCAAGUGGAACUCACUUUACUUGUGCUCCUUGUGUCGCGGUCUGCAAAGAUCCAAGAUGGGGAAGAUGCUAUGAAAGUUACAGUGAAGACACUGAAAUAGUCAGAAAAAUGACUUGUUUAGUUUCUGGCCUGCAAGGCAAGCCUCCACAAACACAUCCAAGGGGAUACCCAUUUGUGGCUGGGAGGAACAAAGUUAUUGCUUGUGCCAAACAUUUUGUCGGAGAUGGAGGCACAGAAAAAGGUGUAAAUGAGGGGAAUACUAUAUUAUCAUAUCAAGACUUGGAGAGGAUCCACAUGACUCCGUAUGUAGAUUGCAUAGAUCAGGGAGUUUCAAGCAUUAUGAUCUCGUAUUCCAGCUGGAACGGAGUCAAACUCCAUGGUCACCAUUUUCUGAUAAAUGAAGUUUUGAAAGAAAAUCUAGGCUUCAAGGGCUUUGUGAUUUCUGACUGGGAGGGAAUUGAUGAGUUGUGUCAACCGUAUGGAUCGGAUUAUCGUUAUUGCAUCUCAACUGCUAUUAAUGCUGGAAUUGACAUGGUGAUGGUUCCUUUAAGAUAUGAAAAAUUCAUGGAAGAGUUGAUGUAUCUAGUUCAAUCAGGGGAAGUGCCAAUAUCUAGGAUUGAUGAUGCCGUUGAGCGGAUUUUAAGAGUGAAGUUUAUUGCCCAACUUUUUGAAUUUCCUCUAACUGACAGGUCUUUGCUGGAUACCGUAGGAUGCAAGAUGCAUCGAGAUCUAGCACGCGAAGCAGUUCGAAAGUCCUUGGUUCUGUUGAAAAACGGAAAGGAUCCUAGUAAGCCUUUUCUUCCGUUGAACAAGAGUGCCAAGCGAAUCCUUAUUGCUGGAACUCAUGCUAAUGAUAUAGGUUAUCAAUGUGGAGGAUGGACAUGUACUAAGUAUGGAUCUAGUGGCCAGAUCACAAUUGGCACAACUGUCUUGGAUGCUGUUAAAGAAGCUGUGGGACAUGAAACAGAAGUUAUAUAUGAAGAAUGGCCAUCAACAGAAUUCAUAGAACGCAAUGAAUUUUCUUUUGCUAUUGUUGCCAUUGGUGAAGCUCCUUACGCUGAGUGCGGAGGUGACAAUUCAGAACUUGUAAUCCCAUUUAAUGGAGCUGGAAUUGUGGACUUAGUUUCUGAUAAAAUCCCAACACUUGUGAUUUUGAUAUCCGGAAGACCUUUGGUCUUGGAACAAAGUUUUUUGGAAAAGAUAGAAGCUCUUGUUGCGGCGUGGUUGCCCGGUACCGAAGGAAAGGGGAUAACAGAUGUUAUAUUUGGGGAUCAUGACUUCAAAGGUAAGCUACCAAUGACUUGGUUCAGAAGAGUUGAGCAGCUUGAUCAAUCUGUUGAGGGAGUGAAUUCAUGUGAUGAUCCUUUAUUCCCUCUUGGUUAUGGACUAGUUUAUAAUAUGGACGAUCUUUGA